GCUCGAAGUAUAUAAAGAAAAGGUCCUCGAAGGAGGAAGAAGGGCAAUCAUGAGUGGCCCCAAUAAUGUCGCAGGAUUCUACAAAACGGUUAUGAAUGAUGUUAUGAAAAAUUGUAGAGAUGCAUUCUUGAACGAGGGAGUGGACGAGCAGGUUCUGCGAGAUUUAUCAUCGAUCUGGAAGUCCAAAGUGGAGCAAUCUCAUGCUGUAGAUAUUAGUACUGAAACGCCUCAAGCAACUGCUCUCGGUCAUCUGGCUGCAGCAACUGGCUUGAAGAGGACCCCUGCUACUGCAGCUACGCUGAGCAGUGCCGACGCUGCUGUUACGGCUACCCUGAGUCAAUUGCCGUUGUUUCCUAAUCUAGGGUCAGUGCCCAAUGUAUCCCACCCAGGAAUUCAAAUGCUGCAGGCGAGAGCUGCUGUGCAGAUGCAAGCUGCUCAACUCCACGCAGCAACCGUAGCCGCACAGGGGCCUCCAGCCAAACGGCCAUGUCUGGAACAUAAAUCUGUUCUACCAGGACAGGCAAGUAGUGUGCAUGUUCCAGUAACCGGCAUAAUAGCCACAACGACAGCAGUGGGCACCGCAGCAGGCACCAUCCCUGCACCGGUCCAAAAGAAAAUUCCACAGCUUGAUGGUGCACAUGCGGGCAGUUCAUCAGAGGAUGAUGACGAUGACGACGAGGACAAUGACGAGGAUGACGACGAUGACGAUGAUGAUGACGACGAUGACGACGAUGAUGAUGACGGCUUGCUGGAAGAGUUUGACGAGGGCGGUGACAAGUCAGACCAUGUACAUGAUGACCCGCUAGGGUCUGGUGACGAUGGCAGUGAAUCAGAUGGAUCGGACCACUUUGAUACAGAGAAUGUCGUAGUCUGCCAGUUUGACAAAGUCAAUCGGACACGAAAUAAGUGGAAAUUUACAUUCAAGGAUGGCAUCAUGAACUUGAAUGGCAAAGACCAUGUGUUCGCGCGAUCUACAGGCGAGGCGGAAUGGUAGCACCGGCCGUGUGUGUAUGUACACACUGUGCAAUGUGCUGCAUAGGGUAGUGCAAAUGUGUGCUGUGCCAGACCAAGCUAAGUUGCUACUAGCGCAGGUCUGGAGGCCAAGACAAGCCACUAGUCCCAUACUUUCCUAUUUUGUCAUCCAUUUUUAACACCAUGCACACAUGGCCCACUCUCCACUGGCCCGUCGUCUUGUUUCCACGCAGAGCAGAGCCAGUGUUGUUGGUUGAGCUAGUUAGCACACGCCUGUAAAGGCCGUGCUACAGACAGUACGUGCAUCCAUGUAACAUCGAAACUCACCGUUUCCUUCUUUUCAGUUUUUAUUAGGCUGUUUUUGUUUAGCUUUUAGUGCUGUGUGAACAUAUGCCAUUAGUAACUAUUGUACACGUUGACUACUACUAUCGUUAGCUUGUGUACUUCAUAUAACCUCUUUUUUAUCCUAGUUUGUUAAAAAGAAUAUUCAUCCUUUUUUUUAUAUGAAAAUGUACAAAAUUGAGAAAACCAGUGUACUAUUUUUUACAAGAAAUUCACCCCAAGCUGAAAUAUAAUUUCUUUUCAUGAAUCGUCUGACAUGACUGUUCGUUGUAGAAGUACAGUCAGUGCUGUCUUGUUGAAAAUUGAGUUCCAUGUAAAAUUAAGUGAUGGCUGACGCUCUA